CGUACUAGAAACUCAAAAUUUUGUACAGUCAAAUUGUCAACUAAUCACUUAGGUAAUAAAAAUAAAAAAAAUUGAUGAAACUUUUUACUAAAGUGUGAAUCAGCUCUUCAAAUUAAGAAACUAUCAGCAUUUCAAUUUUUUCGGGGAUUUAUUUCCUUUUUAAUGGUCAAUUAUCAUGCUUUUUCCCUUCAAGAAAUCACAGAAUAUCACAUUAAUUUUCAACACUGAUUUUUGUUUCCUUUCUUAAAAAUUGGUUUUUAGUGAAUUUGUAACAAUUGUUUUGAUGAAAUUUAAUGUGUAAAAAACCCCAAGUUCAUCCUUUUCAAUAUAAAUAUAGGCUGAUUUGUUGUGUAGCAACUAAAAAAAAUUCAGAUUUUAAAAUACAGUAAUUCUCUCUACUCUACUUGAGUUCGUUAAGAUCUGCUUCAAAGGUUUUUGUACUCUUCUGCUUAUCUUUUUCUGCUUAUUGUUCAUCAUUUUCUGGUUGUCUUUUAUUUCUUUCAGUCCUCAAUUUUUUCUCUGAAGUUUUACUUACUGGGUUACUGAGUUUGAAAGUUCUAAGGUUCAAUUUGAAGUUUUUAAGAAAUGGGUUUUGUUCAAUUUCAAGUUUUAAGAAAUGAGUUUUGUUUAAUUUCAUGUCUUUAGUAUAUGGCUGUGUUUAAUUUCAAAUUUUAAGAAUUGGGUUAUGUUUAAUUUGAAAUUUCAAGAAAUGAGUUGGGUUUAAUUUGACUUUGCUGGAAAAUUAGUGCAAAUGGGUACUUAGGGUUCUUGAUUUUCCCCUCUUUUUAAUUUGGAUUUGGGUGUCUUCAAUUCUAUGUGUUUUAGCAGAAAAAUGGGGCUUUUUUCUUGCCUUGCUUUUCGGAAAAAGGUUGUGAAGGUCGAGGAUACUGAUCGAGCUCGAUCUGCUUCUCGUACGUCAGUGAGUAGGCAGAGAAAAGAUAGGGUGCAUGAAAAUGAGAAUGUUAAUGUUCAUGCAAACUUAGGGAUUGCUAAUGCGGCUGCUCAGUUGAGAAGUCCGGCGAAAGCCUUUACGUAUCGUGAGCUCUGUAUCGCCACUGGAAUGUUCAAUGGUGCUAACAUCAUUGGUGAAGGUGGUUUUGGGAAGGUUUUCAAGGGAAGGUUGGACACUGGGGAGAUUGUAGCAAUUAAACAAUUAAAUCAUGAAGGAAUUCAAGGAAGUCAGGAAUUUAUCAUCGAAGUUCUCAUGCUUAGCCUUCUCCACCACCCUAAUCUUAUGGGCUUGAAAGGUUACUGUACGGAUGGUGACGAAAAACUCUUAGUUUAUGAGUACAUGCCUCAGGGUAGCUUGGAGGACCACCUGUUCGGUAACCCAAGUUUGAUGCCUAAUUGGGUUCCCUUGGACUGGAACACGCGCAUAAAAAUUGCUAUUGAUACAGCAAAGGGUUUGGAGUACCUCCACUGCAGAGCUGAUCCACCAGUUAUCUUCCGGGACUUGAAACCUGCAAAUAUACUACUGGACAAUGACUUCAAUGCCAAACUCUCUGACUUUGGGCUGGCCAAGUUGGGACCUGUUGGUGACAAGACCCAUGUCUCUACCCGCGUGAUGGGAACUUAUGGAUAUUGUGCACCAGAAUAUGCCAUGAGUGGUAAACUGACCAUAAGAUCUGAUAUCUAUAGCUUUGGUGUUGUUUUAUUAGAAAUCAUCACUGGACGCAAAGCAAUUGACCCAAGUAGGGGUCGCGCAGAGCAAAACUUAGUUGAAUGGGCACUCCGUAUCUUCAAGGACCGCACAAAAUUUUACAAGCUGGCUGACCCAGCACUGAGGGGUCAGUAUCCUGUGCGAUGUUUCCAUCAAGCCAUUGCAAUAAUUGCCAUUUGUCUUCAGGAAAUGCCCUUACACCGACCCUUCAUCAAGGAUGUCCUUGUGGCGCUUGAAUAUCUGGCUACACAACCUUAUAUUCCUGCAGCUGCUGGUUCUGCAGAACGAAGUCCUUGCAGGCCUUCACCUUCACAACGUGAUCAAAGCAGAUACUAGAAUAAAAAUCUCCUAAAAAGAAAAUGCUAGAUUUAAAGAAGUCGCAACAUCCUAUUUCAACAAUUGUACAAAGUGGUGGGAGUGAAAGAAGUUUGUUUGAGUUAUAUUAUAUGUCUAAUGACUGCACAUAUAUAUUUGGUAUUGUUAGGUCAGAAAGAAUAAGGUGGUUAAAAUUAUUCAGCGUUUUCAGUUUGUGUAUAGAAGACAUAUAUUGGAUUGCUCUGAUUUGUUCGAGGAUACAGUUGCUUCAUUAUCGUGGGCUGCUUGAUGGGUUCCAGAUGCUGUUUGCUAUAGUUGAAUAGGAUACUUUGAGAUUAAGAGAGGAAAAUAAGUAGGUUGGUUUAGCAGAGUUAAUGUUAAACUUUUUAGGGAGUUGAAGAAGCUUUUAGAACUUUUUUUUUUUUUUUUCUUCUUCUUUUCCUUUCAGCUCUUGGCAUGAAAUGGAACAAUUAUUCAGUAGUGUUUGGUUUAUUUGGUACCA